ACAGCCACCAUGACCACCAGCACCUCUACAAGCCCCACAACCACCGGCACCUCUACUACAACCUUGGGAACAAGCACCUUUCCUUCCUCCACACCCAUCACCACCUCUACAGACACCACAACCUCCACAGACACCUUCACUUCUACACCCACCAUGACCACCAGCACCUCUCAAAGCCCCACAACCACCGGCACCUCUACUACAACCUUGGGAACAAGCACCUUUCCUUCCUCCACACCCAUCACCACCUCUACAGACACCACACCCACCAGCACCACUGGAACCUCAACACCCACUACAAUUUCAAUGGUCACCUCGCCCUCCACCACCUCUGUGGUCACCACAGCCACCACCACCAUGACCACCAGCACCUCUACAAGCCCCACAACCACCGGCACCUCUACUACAACCUUGGGAACAAGCACCUUUCCUUCCUCCACACCCAUCACCACCUCUACAGACACCACACCCACCAGCACCACUGGAACCUCAACACCCUCUACAAUUUCUAGGGUCACCUCACCCUCCACCACCUCUGUGGUCACCACAGCCACCAGCUCUUCAGAAACAUCCACCUCGAGAAGCACCUCGGAAACGUCCACAGCAGCCAGCACUGCUGCAACCUCCACAGACACCUUCACUCCUACAGCCACCAUGACCACCAGCACCUCUACAAGCCCCACAACCACCGGCACCUCUACUUCUAGGGUCACCUGGCCCUCCACCACCUCUGUGGUCACCACAGCCUCCACCACCUCUGUGGUCACCACAGCCACCAGCUCUUCAGAAACAUCCACCUCGAGAAGCACCAUGACCACCAGCACCUCUACAAGCCCCACAACCACCGGCACCUCUACUACAACCUUGGGAACAAGUACACAUCCUUCCUCCACACCCAUCACCACCUCUACAGACACCACACCCACCAGCACCACUGAAACCUCAACACCCACUACAAUUUCAAUGGUCACCUCGCCCUCCACCACCUCUGUGGUCACCACAGCCACCAGCUCUUCAGAAACAUCCACCUCGAGAAGCACCUCGGAAACGUCCACAGCAGCCAGCACUGCUGCAACCACCACAGACACCUUCGCUCCUACAGCCACCAUGACCACCAGCACCUCUCAAAGCCCCACAACCACCAGCACCUCUACUACAACCUUGGGAACAAGCACCUUUCCUUCCUCCACACCCAUCACCACCUCUACAGACACCACACCCACCAGCACCACUGGAACCUCAACACCCACUACAAUUUCUAGGGUCACCUCGCCCUCCACCACCUCUGUGGUCACCUCAGCCACCAGCUCUUCAGAAACAUCCACCUCGAGAAGCACCUCGGAAACGUCCACCUUGGGAACAAGCACCUUUCCUUCCUCCACACCCAUCACCACCUCUACAGACACCACACCCACCCCCUCCACCACCUCUGUGGUCACCACAGCCACCAGCUCUUCAGAAAUAUCCACCUCGAGAAGCACCUCGGAAACGUCCACAGCAGCCAGCACUGCUGCAACCAGCACCUCUCAAAGCCCCACAACCACCAGCACCUCUACUACAACCUUGGGAACAAGCACCUUUCCUUCCGCAACCUCCACAGACACCUUCGCUCCUACAGCCACCAUGACCACCAGCACCUCUCAAAGCCCCACAACCACCAGCACCUCUACUACAACCUUGGGAACAAGCACCUUUCCUUCCUCCACACCCAUCACCACCUCUACAGACACCACACCCACCAGCACCACUGAAACCUCAACACCCACUACAAUUUCAAUGGUCACCUCGCCCUCCACCACCUCUGUGGUCACCACAGCCACCAGCUCUUCAGAAACAUCCACCUCGAGAAGCACCUCGGAAACGUCCACAGCAGCCAGCACUGAUGCAACCUCCACAGACACCUUCGCUCCUACAGCCACCAUGACCACCAGCACCUCUCAAAGCCCCACAACCACCAGCACCUCUACUACAACCUUGGGAACAAGCACCUUUCCUUCCCCAACACCCAUCACCACCUCUACAGACACCACACCCACCAGCACCACUGAAACCUCAACACCCACUACAACCUUCACUCCUACAGCCACCAUGACCACCAGCACCUCUCAAAGCCCCACAACCACCAGCACCUCUACUACAACCUUGGGAACAACCAGCACUGCUGCAACCUCCACAGACACCUUCACUCCUACAGCCACCAUGACCACCAGCACCUCUCAAAGCCCCACAACCACCGGCACCUCUACUACAACCUUGGGAACAACCACCAUGACCACCAGCACCUCUGAAAGCCCCACAACCACCAGCACCUCUACUACAACCUUGGGAACAAGCACCUUUCCUUCCUCCACACCCAUCACCACCUCUACAGACACCACACCCACCAGCACCACUGAAACCUCAACACCCACUACAAUUUCUAGGGUCACCUCGCCCUCCACCACCUCUGUGGUCACCACAGCCACCAGCUCUUCAGAAACAUCCACCUCGAGAAGCACCUCGGAAACGUCCACAGCAGCCAGCACUGCUGCAACCUCCACAGACACCUUCGCUCCUACAGCCACCAUGACCACCAGCACCUCUACAAGCCCCACAACCACCGGCACCUCUACUACAACCUUGGGAACAAGCACCUUUCCUUCCUCCACACCCAUCACCACCUCUACAGACACCAAACCCACCAGCACCACUGAAACCUCAACACCCACUACAACCACCAGCACCUCUACAAGCCCCACAACCACCGGCACCUCUACUACAACCUUGGGAACAAGUACACAUCCUUCCUCCACACCCAUCACCACCUCUACAGACACCACACCCACCAGCACCACUGAAACCUCAACACCCACUACAAUUUCAAUGGUCACCUCGCCCUCCACCACCUCUGUGGUCACCACAGCCACCACCACCAUGACCACCAGCACCUCUCAAAGCCCCACAACCACCAGCACCUCUACUACAACCUUGGGAACAACCAGCACUGCUGCAACCUCCACAGACACCUUCACUCCUACAGCCACCAUGACCACCAGCACCUCUCAAAGCCCCACAACCACCGGCACCUCUACUACAACCUUGGGAACAAGCACCUUUCCUUCCUCCACACCCAUCACCACCUCUACAGACACCACACCCACCAGCACCACUGGAACCUCAACACCCACUACAAUUUCAAUGGUCACCUCGCCCUCCACCACCUCUGUGGUCACCACAGCCACCAGCUCUUCAGAAACAUCCACCUCGAGAAGCACCUCGGAAAUGUCCACAGCAGCCAGCACUGCUGCAACCUCCACAGACACCUUCACUCCUACAGCCACCAUGACCACCAGCACCUCUCAAAGCCCCACAACCACCAGCACCUCUACUACAACCUUGGGAACAAGCACCUUUCCUUCCUCCACACCCAUCACCACCUCUACAGACACCACACCCACCAGCACCACUGGAACCUCAACACCCACUACAAUUUCUAGGGUCACCUCGCCCUCCACCACCUCUGUGGUCACCACAGCCACCAGCUCUUCAGAAAUAUCCACCUCGAGAAGCACCUCGGAAACGUCCACAGCAGCCAGCACUGCUGCAACCUCCACAGACACCUUCACUCCUACAGCCACCAUGACCACCAGCACAUCUCAAAGCCCCACAACCACCAGCACCUCUACUACAGCAGCCAGCACUGCUGCAACCUCCACAGACACCUUCGCUCCUACAGCCACCAUGACCACCAGCACCUCUGAAAGCCCCACAAACACCAGCACCACUACUACAACCUUGGGAACAUCGCCCUCCACCACCUCUCUGGUCACCACAGCCACCAGCUCUUCAGAAAUAUCCACAUCUCAAAGCAUCUCGGAAACGUCCACAGCAGCCAGCACUGCUGCAACCUCCACAGACACCUUCACUCCUACAGCCACCAUGACCACCAGCACCUCUACAAGCCCCACAACCACCAGCACCUCUACUACAACCUUGUCUACAGACACCACACCCACCAGCACCACUGGAACCUCAACACCCACUACAAUUUCUAGGGUCACCUCGCCCUCCACCACCUCUGUGGUCACCACAGCCACCAGCUCUUCAGAAACAUCCACCUCGAGAAGCACCUCGGAAGGAACCUCAACACCCACUACAAUUUCUAGGGUCACCUCGCCCUCCACCACCUCUGUGGUCACCACAGCCACCAGCUCUUCAGAAACAAACCACCAGCACCUCUACAACAGCCAUGGGAACAAGGACCCUUCUUCCCACCACGUCCAACAGCCCCCCUACCCCACCAGCAGCUCUGUGGUCUCAACGCCCACCAGCACCAUGGAAAUAUCCACUUCCAGAAGCACCUCGGAAACUUCCACAGCAACCCGCACUGCUGGAACCUCCACAGCCACCUUCACUUCCACAGCCACCACUCCCUCCAGCACCUCUGUGGUCACCAUGCCCACCAGAACCUCUGAACUCUCCAGAGCUACUAUCAGCUCUGAAACUUCCUUGUCCACCAGCGCCUCCGAAAUCCCCACAACCACCAGCACCUCUGAAGUCUCCACACCCUCCAACACCACUGUGGUCACCAGGACCAUCACCACCUCUGAAAUCCCCACAACCACCAGGACCUCUACAACAGCCAUGUGGACAAGCACCUUUCCUUCCACCAUGCCCAUCAGCACCUCUGAAGUCUCAACGCCCAGUAGCACCUCUGUGGUCACAACUCCCACCAGCACCUCAGAAAUAUCCAUCUCCACGAGCACCUCCAAAAUGUCCACCACAGCCAGCACUGCUGGAACCUCCACAGCCACCUUCACUUCUACAGCCACCACGUCCACCAGCACUUCUGUGGUCACCAUACCCACCCGCACCUCUGAAAUCCCCACGAACACCAGCACCUCUACAACAACCUUGGGAACAAGCAUCUUUCCUUCCACCUCGCCCACCAGCACCUCUACAGACACCACACCCGCCAGCCCCACUGAAACCUCCAUGGGCACCAGAAUUUCUAUGGUCACCACGCCCACCAGCACCUCAGAAAUCUCAAUGCCCAGUAGCACCUCUGUAGUCACCAUGCUCACCAGCACUUCUGAAACCUCCAUGGCCACCAGCACCUCUGACAUCUCCGCAGCUACCAGCACCUCUUUGGUCACCAGGGGCAUCACAACCACUGAAACCCAAACAACUGCCAGCACCUCUACAUCAGCCAUGCGAAGAAGCACCUUCACUCCCUCCAUGCCAACCAGCACCUCUGAAAUCCCCACAACUACCAGCACCUCUGUGGUCACCACGUCCACCCGCCCCUCUGAAAUCCCAAUGUCCACCAGUGCCUCUACUGUCACCUUUCCCGCCAGCACAUCUGUGGUCACCUCACCCGCCAGCACCUCUGAAAUCUCAACACCCAGUAGCACGUCUCUGGUAACCACUCCCACCAGCACCGCUGAAGUCACCACGCCCACCACCACCUCUGAAAUCCCCAGGACCACCAGCACCCCUACAACAACCUCGGGAACAAGCAGAUUUCCCUCCACAAUGGCCAUGAGCACCUCUACAGACACGACGCCCGCCAGUACAUCUGAAAUAUCAACGCCCGGUCAAUGCCAGAACGGGGGCACCUGGCUUGACACCCAUUGCAAAUGUCCUGAUGGUUAUGAGGGCACGUACUGCCAGUAUGCCAAGGAAACCAUCGAGCUCAAAGAUGUAACGGUGAAUGCAACGGUGGAGAUGAAGGCGAAGAUUGACAACAGGAAUUUCACAGAAGACCUGAAAAAUAAGACCUCUGCAGCUUACCGAGAUUUUGAGAAGGAAUUCAAGGAGCAGAUGAGGAAGGUUUACAAACAUUUAGAGGGCUACCAAGAUGUGGAGAUCCACGAACUGACCAACGGCAGCAUUCUGGUGAACUACACCGUCCUCCUGAAGGUGCUCGUCAGCGCCACAGUGAACGCUACGGUGGAGACCAUCUCCCAAAACCUCGUCAAAGCCGUCAAUAACAACACCUUCUGCAACAGCAGCUGCGUAGGAGCCAACUGUGAUUUCUGUUUCAACUCCAACUUCACCAACAUCACCAGCUACGAGGUGAACGAGGUUGAAAGCAAUCUGUGCGACAAUUACAUCGUGGAGGACCUCAAGCCCUACUACACCCUGCUCAUCACCAACACCAGCGUCUUCUGCGUUAGCGUAUGUGACAAACGAUCUCCUGAUCCUCACAACUGCAUCCACGGCAAGUGCAUCGUGAUGCUCUCGGGACCACAGUGCGAGUGCUCGGACCAGUCGGCGUUCUGGUACCAAGACAGCAUGUGCAGCUCACGGAUCAGCAAGAUCGGGGUGGCCGUAGGGGUACCGGUGACCGUGUUGGUGGUGACCAUCGCCAUCUUCACCGUCCUCCUGGUGCGGGCUAAGAGGCAGAAGGACGACUACAGGGUUCAGUUGACCUCCUACAGGGACCUCUAUUGUGAUGAGGAGGAAAGCUGGAACAACACUGAGGGCUUCUCCAGCGUCAACCAGGCAGCUACAUUGGAAGAGCCCUAUAGCACCUCCUACAUCAACCUGCAGAAGGUGGACACCUCGCAGAAGAUCCACAUCAAACGACCGUCCGUCAUCGUUCCCUGA